AUGAGUGUUUUGAAUUUAGGAGAUCCAGAGUUGGAGCUAAUUGAUCCUACACCAAACAUCCACGCUUUAUUUUUACACUUUGACAAAACAUUCUUUUGGGAAAAGUUAUCAAGUCGAGCUGUUGUGCGUUGGAGUAAAAGGAUGUACUCGUGUGCUGGAAUUUGUUCCUAUAAUAGAGGUGGGCUUUGCGAUAUAGCAUUGAGUGAACCUUUACUAAAACUCCGACCAAGAAAAGAUUUAAUUGAAACAUUACUGCAUGAGAUGAUACACGGAUUCCUUUUUAUCACACGUAGAGAUCAAGAUAGGGAUGGCCAUGGUCCAAACUUCAAAGCUCACAUGUUUCGCAUUAAUAAAGCUGCUGGCUUAAAUAUUAGUAUUUACCAUGAUUUUCAUGAUGAGGUCGAACUUUAUCAAACACACUGGUGGAGAUGUAACGGCCCUUGUACAUCGAUAAGGCCUCAUUUUGGAAUUGUUCGGCGUACAUCAAAUAGAGCACCGGGCCCUCAUGAUUACUGGUGGAUGGAUCAUCAAAGAAAAUGUGGGGGUAACUUUAUUAAAAUCAAAGAGCCUGAACCAAAAAGGAAAAGUAAAAAAGAGAAUAAAAUCAAUAAUGGUGAUAUCACUAAAUACAUUACUAAGGACAAUAAUAUAAUAGACAACCCUAUUGUGACUAUUCCGAAGCCUCUUAAAGAUUCAAAUUUGAAUAAACCAAGAUUGAGCAAUAUCAAUCUGGUGGUUUCAAAGAAAAAUAAUAUUAUAUUUAAUCCAAAAAUAACAAAACCUGUAUUGAAUGACAAACAUCCAAAUGACAUAACACAAAAUUCAUCAGAUGUUGUUAUGACAGUUAGAAAUGUUUGGGCUAGCAAAAUCUUGUCUCCAUCUAUAAGCAGUAGCAAUGUUACUCCUAAAAAUGCCAAUAAAAGGGAUAGUACAGUUCUUAAUCCCAAACCUGGUCCAGAAGAGUCUCAACCAAAGAAGAUUAUGAAAAUAGACGACUAUUUCAGUAAAACUGCUUCAAAUAUAUUGAAAGACAUAUAUGGACAAGAUUUUAAUAUAACACAGUCCGAAAAGGAUAAUAAAUUGAUUUCAGUUCCGAUAAAUCUAGUUAACUGUCCCAUCUGUGAUGCAAAAAUUAACAGUGAUAAAAUAAAUAACCAUCUAGACGAAUGCUUAAACAAAGAUGUAGGAGAAAUUAUAAGUCAAAAUGAAGAUAAUCCUGUGAUAUGUAGUAAUAAAAUAGAAAAUAGGGUUAGACAUGACAGUGAGGUCAUAGAUUUAACAAAUAUAGAAUUUGAAACACCAAAGAACGAAAUACAUCCAUUGACAAAGGUUAGUAAAAUAAGUGAUGUGCAAGAGACUACAGAUGCUUUUGAAGAUAUGGAAUAUUUUGAUAAUAUAACAUUAGAUGAAGAAGAAAAGAUACUUUCGGGGAGUAGUAAGCUUGACUACAAGUGUCCAUGUUGUGGGAAAGAAACUAAAUCCAUAGAGGAACAUUUAGAUCAGUGUCUUGCUUUCUUUGAUGACCCAACAUUAAUACCUGAAGAAGGUGCAUCUACGAGUUACAUAGAUACCAGUGAAGUGGAUGUGCACGAUGAAUCGUUGACUCUUAAUGCUUCAGGGACAAUGUCGCCGUGUCCUUGUUGUAUGAAGAUGGUAGAAAUGGCUGAUAUGAAUAAUCACUUGGACAACUGUUUGAGUUCUAGUUUUAGUCAAAAUUUUGAUGAUACAUAA